CUCAGAAAGUAGUUCCACUGAGUGAGGAAGUGGAGAUCACCUUGAGCUGUUCUCUCACUCUGCCAGCAGUCGCAUCGGGCUCAGCAUUGCUAAUUUGAUUCAAGAAAAUCCUCUAUUGUACCAGUGAACACCAUGCCUCUGCCAAAAUCUGUUGACAUGGGCUCUGCCUUCAUCCAGACGCAGCAGCUCAACGCUGCCAUGGCUGACACUUUCCUGGAACAUAUGUGUCUGCUGGACAUUGACUCUGAACCCACCACUGCACGCAACACUGGCAUCAUUUGCACCAUUGGGCCAGCUUCUCGUUCUGUGGAUAUGCUGAAGGAGAUGAUCAAAUCUGGAAUGAACAUUGCUCGCUUGAACUUUUCCCAUGGCACUCAUGAGUACCAUAGGGAAACCAUCAAGAACGUACGUGAGGCCUGUGAGAGCUUCGAGCCUGGCAGUAUCCAUUACAGACCUAUCGGUAUUGCCCUAGACACCAAGGGUCCAGAGAUCAGGACUGGCCUCAUCAAGGGAAGUGGCACUGCUGAGGUGGAGCUGAAGAAGGGCAACAUGAUCAAGGUUACCUUAGAUGAUGCCUAUCAGGACAACUGCAGCGAUGAGAUCCUCUGGCUCGACUACAAGAACAUCACUAAAGUGGUGGAAGUUGGCAGCAAGGUCUACAUUGAUGAUGGGCUCAUGUCUCUGCAGGUCAAGGAGAUUGGUUCUGAUUACCUUAUGUGUGAGAUUGAGAAUGGUGGCACUCUGGGCAGCAAGAAGGGAGUGAAUCUCCCCGGUGCAGCUGUGGACCUGCCGGCUGUUUCAGAGAAAGACAUCCAGGACCUGCAGUUUGGUGUCGAGCAGGGAGUCGACAUGGUCUUUGCCUCCUUCAUUCGYAAGGCAGCUGACGUACACGCCGUCAGAAAUGUGCUGGGGGAGCGCGGCAAAAACAUCAAGAUCAUCAGCAAACUGGAGAACCAYGAGGGGGUCCGCAGAUUUGAUGAGAUCAUGGAGGCCAGCGAUGGUAUCAUGGUUGCUCGUGGUGACCUAGGUAUUGAGAUCCCCACAGAAAAGGUCUUCCUUGCCCAGAAGAUGAUGAUUGGUCGGUGCAACAGAGCUGGCAAACCAAUCACAUGUGCCACUCAGAUGUUGGAGAGCAUGAUCAAGAAGCCUAGACCCACCCGUGCUGAGGGUAGUGAUGUAGCCAAYGCUGUCCUGGAUGGAGCUGACUGCAUCAUGCUGAGUGGUGAGACCGCCAAGGGAGAUUACCCUCUUGAGGCUGUUCGCACACAGCACAUGAUUGCUCGUGAGGCCGAGGCAGCCAUGUUCCACCGGCAGGUGUUUGAGGACUUGCGUCGUUCCACGCCACACUGCAACGACCCCGCCGAGGCCAUUUCAAUUGGCGCUGUCGAGGCCUCCUUUAAGAGUUUAGCCUCGGCAAUCAUUGUGCUCACAGGCUCYGGAAGGUCUGCCCACCUGCUCUCCAGGUACAGGCCCCGUGCCCCCAUCAUCGCUGUGACCCGUAAUGCUCAGACUGCUCGUCAGGCCCACCUGUACCGCGGGAUCUUCCCUGUCCUCUACACCAAGCCCGCCCACGAUGUUUGGGCUGAGGACGUUGACAUGCGUGUCAACUUUGCCAUCGAAAUGGGCAAAGCAAGACGCUUCUUCAAAGAGGGCGACGUUGUGAUCAUUCUGACCGGCUGGCGUCCCGGCUCCGGUUACACCAACACCAUGCGUGUGGUUCUUGUGGCCUAAACAGCCAACACAAAGCUUUGUCCCUUCACUUUCAUCUGUCUCUCAUAGUUCUCUAACCUAGCCCUYACUCCUCUCAUCCAACAUCAGGGCUCACAGACUCCACUAUUUAACGUUUAGACAAUGAUGUAGAGAAUUAAGCUUUAGAGUUGGUCUUCAGUGACCCCAGAGCUUUUUGGAUGGGAGUGAAGAUUAAUUCCAAACUAUUCCAGUUAAUGUUUUCAUUCCUUUAGCGUUGAUUUCUCACAAUCAGACCAGUCUUCAGGGCCUCAGAUUAAUACACCCUGACCAGAAACUGCUGUAUUUAUUCACUCCAACACUGGGAUGAUUCGAGUCUAUGAGUGGAUACAUCCUGGUGUGUGUUUUUUGCGUGCACAUUUUCAUCCUGGCUUCUGUUUGGUUGUAGUUGCUGGUGGAGCCAGCUAACCUUAACGGGGAACAGGAAUAGUUUACUUAUCACACUCCUGCCGGUGUAACGAACAAAGUGUUUGCAUCCCCUCCAGCACAGCCUCGACUUCACCACUGCACCCAAGCAGAUCCAGCUGUAGUUCUGCCUGUUUAAGGGUCCUCUCUUAUACAGCUGUGAAUGUGUUUCAGUGUAUGUGUUAGUGUUGCACUCCCAAUCUGCUCCACACAUUGUUACAUUCUAUACUAUACUUGACUUUUGUGAAUGAUGGAACUUUUUGUUUGGAGACAUUCAAAUCUGAUAUAUUUUGUCUGACUUUGGAGAAAAAAAAUAGUUUUGCAGGUGUUUAAGAAAGUUACUGUUUUUUUUUUUUUGUGUGUUCUAUGUGUUAGGUCUUUAAAUCUUAUUUUAAUCUUGAUUUUAUUUGAGGCAGAACUUGUGAAGCGUGUUUGAGAAGGCUGUUGAACGUGGAUUUUAUGGUAUUUUUCAGUGAUGAUGUAAUGAUGAAAGUCUGUCCUCUACAAAAUGACUGAUAGAAUCCCUCUAUGUUGGUGACCCACUGUAACUGUCUUCUUGAUUCUAAUAUGCUUCUGAUUGUAAUAACAGAGUAUAAGAACUAACUAUAUUUAAAGGGAUAUUAUGAUGUUUAGCUGGUGUACUAACCUGUCCCACAAGACUGGAGUUCCAUCAAUAAAAGAGAUGAGCACCUAUCCAAA